CGGUGCUUGUGAGUGCGCGGGCUGUGGACUCUCAGCCAAUCAGCGCGGCGCUGCUGCUUCGCCCCGCCCCCGCCCCGCUCCGGCGCCUGCGCAAGGGGGUCAAGUCGCCGCGAUCCAGGGCGCGCUUCCGGGACCGUCGCGGCGUGACGUCAGAGGAGGGCAGGAGAUGCACGCGGCUCCUCGGAUGCCUCCCCCAUCGGGCCCGAGACUCCUCUGAACUGGCUCCGCCGCACGGCCCGCGAGAUCCUCCCCGGGAAGCCGUGGCCCCUGUGCCAGGCUCGAGAAAGCACGUUGCGGGUCGGCCACCUUGAAGGCCAAGGCCAGUAGGCAGCUCCCAAGAUGGGGGAACGGAAAGGCGUGAACAAGUACUACCCGCCCGAUUUCAACCCCGAGAAGCAUGGCUCGCUCAACCGUUACCACAACAGCCACCCGCUUCGGGAGCGGGCCCGGAAGCUGUCACAGGGCAUCCUCAUCAUUCGGUUCGAGAUGCCGUACAACAUCUGGUGUGACGGCUGCAAGAACCACAUUGGCAUGGGUGUACGUUACAACGCGGAGAAGAAGAAAGUGGGCAACUACUACACGACCCCCAUCUACAGGUUCCGGAUGAAAUGCCACCUGUGCGUCAACUACAUCGAGAUGCAGACAGACCCUGCCAACUGCGACUAUGUGAUCGUGAGCGGCGCCCAGCGCAAGGAGGAGCGCUGGGACAUGGCGGACAAUGAGCAGGUGCUGCCCACAGAGCACGAGACGAAGCAGAAGCUGGAGACGGACGCCAUGUUCCGGCUGGAGCACGGCGAAGCUGACCGCGGCGCGCUCAAGAAGGCCCUGCCGACCCUCAGCCACAUCCAGGAGGCCCAGAGCGCCUGGAAGGACGACUUCGCGCUCAACAGCACGCUCCGCAGGAGGUUCCGGGAGAAGAAGAAAGCCCUGCAGGAGGAGGAGCAGCGGGACCAGGCGCUGCAGGCCAAGGCCAGCCUGGCCAUCCCGCUGGUGCCCGAGACGGAGGCCGACCGCAGGCUGGCCGCCCUGCUCCGCUUCCACACCCCGGACUCCUACGAGGACCGGCAGAAGCUCAAGCGGUCCGAGAUCAUCAGCCGCUCCUGGUUCGCCUCGCCGGCCGGCUCCAGCUCCAGCUCCAGCUCCAGCCCCGGUUCCAGCCCCGGUCCCGGUCCCGGUCCCGGUGGCGGCAGCAAGGCCAGCAGUGUCCUCAGGAAGCUGGCCCAGAGCCGCAGGCCCGCGCCCGCCGCCAUCACCGUGGAGGACCUGGGCAUCGUGCGGCGGAGGUCGCGGGACGUGCCCAGGAGCCCCCAGCCCGCGGCCGAGACCCCCAAGACCGGGGAGCCGCGGGGGGCGGCUCAGGACGGGCCCGCGGGCGCCCGAGACUGUCCUCAGGAGACUGCUGAGAGCCCCAAGACUGGGGGCGCUGAGGGUCUGGCCCGGGAGGCGGCCCCCAGCCCCCAGCCCGAGCCGCCACGCCCCCGCAGCCUCAGCUCUUCCCUCGUGGCCGACUACUCGGGCUCCGAGAGUGAGUGACUGAGUGGGUGGGUGGGUGCACCGUCGGCCUUGCGGGCUGCUCUGGGGGCGCCUGGGGGACCCUCACAUUAAAGCCCUGUGUCUUUGCCCCCUG